UCCGCCAAAUCCACUCUUUUAACGUUCUUGCGCACUGUGCGCUGCUAUGUCGAAGCCACUGGAUUCGCACAUAGAGAGGGUUCUGUGGAAUGAAGACCAAAUCUCCGAUCGAGUCACGGAACUCGCCUCUCAAAUCACCGCCGAUUUUUCCGGCACUGCUUCUCCAAUCCUGGUAGGCGUGGCCACCGGAGCUUAUCUGUUUCUGGCGGACCUUACCCGGCGUAUCCCUCUGCCCAUCACCGUUGAUAUUGUUCGAUCCCAAUCCUAUGGCUCGGGCACCGUAUCUAAUGGACGACCUACCAUUUCCCUCGACCUCAAAGUCGAUGUUCGCGGCAAACAUGUCAUUCUGGUUGAGGACAUUGUGGACACAGGAAGCACUGCUGCUUGUCUGAUUGAGUAUUUGGAGUCCAAAGGAGCAUCCUCUGUAUCAAUGUGUGCUUUGCUCGAUAAACCAGCAAGGCGAAAGGUCCAUUUUGAAGUUUUCGGUGACGGCAAGUUCUAUCGGGGAUUUGAGUGCCCGGAUUCUUUUGUGGUUGGUUACGGAAUGGACUUUGAUGAGCGAUACAGAAAUUUGCCUUACGUUGGUGUCUUGAAGCCUGAAUAUUACAUGUGAUUGGAUUUAUGGCUUGGAAAGGACAUAGCAGCCAGCAAGUGUUAUUAUUCAUAAACUUGUGGGAGAAAGGAGAAAUAAAUAAUGCUUCAUCCCUUCGUAGACUGUGGUGAAAAUUUUAUACAUAUAGACCAUUAUUUGUUGCGACUGGGGUUGGUCCUGUCGUGCUAUUUUCUGAAUUGUGAUUACUAAUGCUGUUGAUGAUUUUAGCCUUUUAGGAAUUCUUUGAUCUUUUCUAUUCUAUGGAAUCGUCAGCCGUCUAUAUUCGUGGUUUGUCUGGCUU